ACGUCACCAUAAUGUCCGCUACAACUACGGCUGACAAAACAGCGGUAGCAAUCAGUGCUCCGGAAUCAAGUCUACCCGGUAAUCAACAGCAAAUCAAGUUGAAUGGAGCUGCUAGGAAGCGGUACAAGCGUAUGAUUGCUGAUGGAGUAGACUCAAAGGAGGCGUACCGUCUCGCUCGCAUUCCGUGGCAAACACCAGUUUUAGAAAAACGGUCGCGCAAUUCCGAUCUUAGUGGCUCUAACAGUGGUGGAGGGAAUCCGCCUAAGAAAGAAAAUUUCUGCUCAAAUUCUGAUCCAAAAAAUGGAUCAAACAACCCACCUCAGAUAAAAUUUUCGGUCCAAAAUCGUUUACAACUGCAUUCAAAUGUACGCUCUGGACGUGAAGAAACUAUACAGAGCGACAACAAGCCGUCUUUCAGUUCUGUUUUACAAUACGUUAGGGUAGGAAUCGUUCCGAAAGACUACCCUGACGUAGAACUUUCCUCUCAACAAUUAUUGGCAACACGAAAAGCCAUUCUUGCAAACGUUGUGCAACAACGUAAAGAAUUAAUUAAACCCAAAUUUGGUCAAUGUUCGUUCAGGCCCGGGCAUCUUAUUCUCGUCUGCAAAAACCAAGAAACAGCGAAUUGGCUAAAAGGCACAGCUUCUACUUUAUCCAUUCCUGGAGAAGUAGAACUCGUUGCCUUGGACGAGAAAAGCAUUCCACGGCCUGAUAUUAUUAUCGGGUUCUUUCCUGUGAGCGCAGAAGACAACACAGAUGAGAUUCUGGCGCUUCUCGAAAGCCAAAACGAUGGGUUAAACACAGAUGCAUGGCGCAUAAAGGAGCGAAAUACCAUCAAUGAAUUACACGCUGAACUUAUUUUUACGGUUGAUGGAGCUUCGAUGGACACAAUCAAGAAGUGUGAAUUCCUUCUUGAUUAUAAGUUCGGGACAGCUCCACUCCAUCGCAAGCUUCCAUCCAAGAAAUAA